UCAAAAUCUGAUGACAUGACAACGGCUGACGACCACGCAACGCGGAAACGAGUGAGGGGGGAUUUGCCAUAAUGGCAGUUUUGGGUGUGUAAAUAGUGCUUUUUUGCGAACCGGAGGAAGAGCGGCGUCCUGCGUGGCAGAACCGAGGAAAGUGCGUUAUGAACGUGUCAUGCGGCGAGUGGCCGACUCUUUACUCAUAAUCCGCCGUCAGCUCGUCCUGUGUGCCGGGCGGACUGUGCCUCCCUGUUGUUUCCGCUCUAGUCGACUCUGGACUCGUGUCGCACUUCCAGGUCGAAAUCCAGCGAGCGGAGCCUCGUCCCGGUUUUUUGAGAGGACUUUAGCCGGGAAAGACGCCAUGCAGGCGGGCCACAGGUUUGCUGAAAGCGCCCCGGGCCAUGAUGGAGCUGUGCACGUUAGGGGUCCUCUGGGUACAGACGGGGUGGAGAGAGUAGCCGAGGAGGAGAAUCUGAGAGUAGCGGCUCUCCGCGGGGCUAACGGGGACGAGGACUCAGAAGCGGAGUCGUACCGUGAUGGACGUACCGGGGAGGUAGACCAGGAGACCAAGGGUCGAGCCUACGCCUGGUGCCGAGACUUCCUGUCCGGUUCGUGGAAGAGCAUCUCAGAGGCGGACUUUCAGAUCAGCAUCGUGAGUGGAGGACUCAGCAAUCUGCUCUACAAGUGCAGCUUGCCUGAUCACGUUCAGCCGGUUGGGGUUGAGCCUUCACGCGUGCUGCUCCGCAUCUAUGGGGCCAUUUUGCAGGGAGUGGACUCAUUGGUCUCAGAGAGUGUGAUGUUUGCCAUUUUAGCAGAGCGAGAGCUGGGUCCUCGUCUCUACGGCAUCUUCCCAGAGGGCCGUUUGGAGCAGUAUCUUCCUAGUAAGCGCUUGCAUACAGAGCACCUGCAGGAUCCAGCCAUUUCAGCUGAAAUAGCCUGUAAGAUGGCACGAUUCCACCGUAUGGUCAUGCCCUUCAAUAAGGAGCCUAGAUGGCUGUUUGGAACUAUCGACAGGUACAUGGAACAAAUAAUGAAUAUUAAAUUUGUACGUGAAGCUCACAUCAAGAAGUUCAAGAAGCUGAUGAAGUAUGACCUUCCCGCUGAGCUAGCAAGUCUAAGAGCACUGCUGGCAGCAACUCCGUCACCCGUGGUGUUCUGUCACAAUGAUGUACAGGAAGGGAAUAUCUUGAUGUUGGAUGGCAGAGAUCGGAAUUCAUCUGAUAAGCUGAUGCUCAUAGACUUUGAGUACAGCAGCUACAAUUACAGGGGGUUUGACUUUGGGAAUCAUUUCUGUGAGUGGGUGUAUGACUACACUCAUGACCAGUGGCCCUUUUUUAAGGCAAAUCUGGACAACUACCCAAACAGGCAACAGCAGCUGCACUUCAUCAGACACUACCUGGUAGAGAGUGAAGAUACUGCACUUGAAGACCGGGCGAAGGUUGAGGAGGAGAUGAUUGUUGAAGCAAACAGGUAUGCCCUUGCCUCACAUUUCUUGUGGGGUGUAUGGUCAAUUAUUCAAGCUAGGCUCUCCAAGAUUGAGUUUGGAUACAUGGAUUAUGCUCAGCACAGAUUUGAUUCCUACUUCAAGCAGAAAAAACUCUUCGCCUGAACCAAGUUUUCCAGAAGGACCAAUGCUCUAAUGGAGUGCCUCUCAUACUUCUCAUGCCUCUCUGUUUAUUUCCCUUUUUGUCUUUCCUUUCUUACUCCAGUCCAGUAGGCACAAUGCAAGCAGAAGUGAAUGCCACAAACGGUUCCUGUGUUGAAUGUGGGUUAAAGUGAUGUUGUACUGAUAAUUUAAUUUAAACAUUUCCUAUUGCAAUUAAUUUACUUUUUUAAUGAGCACAGAUCUCUGUGUACCACAGCCUUGGCGGUCACUGUAAAUAUGCUGUGGUGUAAUCUAGCUUACACAUUUGACCCAAAACUAAGCACUUGUCAUCUUAUGUGAAUGCAAAAUCUCUAAAAUAUUUUUGUAAUUUACUGUAUAUUUACUUGAAUACUUUUGAGCAUAAGUGUUAUGUGUAUUUGUGUUUUUUUUUUUCCCCAAUUGCAUCCGUCCAAACUGUCCUUCCAUACUAGGCUUGGAAUGUAUCUUCCAGUUUUAUGCCCUGCUGUGGGCUGCCUUUUCCUCACUUUCCUCUCUGAACCUAAGAUACACACUGCUGUAGUUGUGGACCAUGCAUACAUUUCUUACUUCAGUUAGCAUAUAUUUAACUGGAUACCUUGAGAAAGAAGCACAGUACUACAAUUGCCUCUUUGUCAAAAAUGUUAAUUUGCCUCAUUUGGCCUUUUUUGCUGUAUUUGACUGUUCAUGUCUUUUGUAGCAUUAAAGAGCUAUUUAGGAUUUUCUGAAACAAAACUGCUGUGGGACUGGCAGUUAACUUGGUUUACAAGAAGUAGAGAGAAAACAUCCAUAUGGUACAUAGUAGCCUUUUGGGGCUGUAUACAGUAAAGAAAGCUGAAGUAGUAGUGGAAAUUGACCCUGGUGGACCUGUAAAACAGCUGCGGUUGGACCGGAAAUACCACUUUUACUCUUGCAGAUGUGUGUACCAGAUCAAAACUUCAUGGUUUUGCCUAAAACACACAGUUGACUCACCACAAGAACAUAAGAAAGACUGAAGGCAUGUAGUAUGAGAAUGUUUUGUAUACUGUUAACACUUGUGGAACUUGAAUGAAUGGUUAAAAACUUUCUUUUUUUUUUUUUUUUUACAAUAAUUCCUCUUUAAUGCCUUUAACAUAAUAGAAUGGCUUAUCUGCUUGUCAUGUAUGAGAAGCCUGUGUUAUUUUAGACAGCUAGUGCAGGAUUAGAUAGUAUCCAACUUCUUACUCAUGAUGUUAGCAAGCAUUUAAACAUUUGACUUUGUGUGGUCUGUGUUUAUUUAUUGACCUCUUUUAAUUGCUCAAAGCGGAGCACUCUGAAAACCAAAUGUGAAAGCCAUUGAAUAACAUUCAACCAAAAAUACAAACUUGACCUUGAUCAAAGGAUGUUUAAAGGUGCAAUUAUGAAGUUUUCCUUCCUCUCAGUAUCACAUGCUUGUUUUAAAGGAUUUUUAGUGGAAGUUAGACUGGAAAUAGUUUGUGCACCCCUGGUCAAAUUACAUGUAUUACUGAUUUUGAAAAUAUGUUAGUAUGUCUUCAAAUCCCAAUUUCUGUUUAUUUACUGAUGUUAACAGAUUUGGGCUAAAAUAAAAACUGCAAAGGUAAUGGCUUAUUUAAUAUUUUAUGACAUUGUUUUAAAUGUGUUAAACUCUACUUGAAACUAUACACUAUCAUUUGCAGAAUUAUGAAAUAUUUAAAUUUGUUCCCUGCAGAGGAUGUGCAAACUUAUCUUUGCUUAGAACAUCAACACACCAGGGGUGGUCAGACUUUUGCAUUCGGAUGUAUAAUAUGAUCUACUGAGAUCAAAUUCAUAUUAGGCGUGUUCAGCCUUGCUGAUACUCUCAAUGGACCCCUUUUUUAACCGACAUAACGUCUGCAGUGCAUCCAUAAAUAUGACACUGUUUUGAUCUCUCCCAUCAUUCAAAUGUCAUGGAUGGUGGGAAGAGACCAUAUGAGUAUCGGAUUAGGUCCAGUUGUUGAAAUGCUUUGUGUCCACUGUCCAUUACAAAAUGUUUUGCUUUGCCAUGUCUGGAUUCAGUUGUUAGUAUCCUCAUGUUUUGUCUGUUGUAUGCACCCUGUGUACUCAUGAAACAGCAGCCAUUAAUAAAUAAAUAAAUAACCUAA